AUGAUCAACGGCAGCCGGGGCCUCGGCAGCCAGCGCCCCAUCCGAAGAUACAAGCAAGGGCUGCAAAGUCACCUCUGGGGCACUGCCCAGUGGGUGCAUUUCCACCUGCUGUUUCCACCUGUUAGUUUGCUUGCUCAGGAUGAGCUACCAGGACCACUGCUUCCUAACUUGGGGGCUGAGCUGGGUGGGUGCUUCCCUGUGGCUGAGAACAGUUACGGGACUUUGAAAUUCACUUCCCACUCUCUUGUCUUCCAUGCAGUUAUUUUGCUGGACUCCAAGGAGUCCCAGGCGGAGCUGGGCUGGACCUCACACCCAUCGAACGGGUGGGAGGAGAUCAGCGGCGUGGAUGAAAACUACAAGCCGAUCCGCACCUACCAGGUCUGCAAUGUCAUGGAGGCAAACCAGAACAAUUGGCUGCAGACGGGCUGGAUCGCACGCCGUGAUGGGCAGCGGAUCUUCAUUGAGCUGAAGUUCACCCUGCGGGACUGCAACAGCAUCCCUGGCGUGGCAGGGACCUGCAAGGAGACCUUCAACCUGUACUACGCGGAGGCGGACACCGACCUGGGCCACAGCCUGCGUGAGAGCAAGCACACCAAGAUCGACACCAUCGCUGCCGAUGAGAGCUUCACGCAGGGUGACCUGGGCGAGCGCAAGAUGAAGCUGAACACGGAGCUGCGGGAGAUCGGGCACCUCACCAAGCGUGGCUUCCACCUGGGCUUCCAGGACGUGGGCGCCUGUGUGGCCCUGGUGUCUGUGAAGGUCUAUUACAAAAAGUGCCUCUCCACGGUGCAGAACCUGGCUGUGUUCCCCGACACCGUGGCCGAGGCUGCAUUCGCCACCCUGGUCGAAGUGAAGGGCGCCUGUGUCAACCAUUCUGAAGUGGACCUGGAUAACCCUCCCCGGAUGCAUUGCAGCGCAGAGGGGGAGUGGUUGGUGCCCAUUGGGAAGUGUACGUGCAGUGCCGGCUUCGAAGAGAAGGACGGCGGGUGUGAAGCCUGCCGCCCUGGGUUUUACAAGCUGUCACCCCGGCUCACUCUCUGCACUCCCUGCCCCGAGCACAGCCUCUCCCGCCAGGAAGCCGCCACGUUCUGCACAUGCCAGAAGAACUACUCCCGGUCCCCAUUGGACCCGCCGUCUGCCUCUUGCACCCGCCCGCCCUCGGCCCCACGGAAUCUGGUCUACAGCCUGAAGCAGUCAACGCUGGUGCUGGAGUGGAGCGCGCCGGCUGACCUGGGCGGGCGCAGUGACAUCACUUACAGCCUGCUGUGCACGUGCUGUGCUGCGGCGCCCCAGGGCCUAUGUGAGCCAUGCGGCAGUAGCGUGGGCUUCGUGCCACAGCAGGCAGGGCUGGUGGAGCGGACCGUCACACUGGUGAACCUGCUGCCCCACGCCCACUACACCAUCCGCGUGGCAGCCGCCAAUGGUGUCUCUGACUACAGCCCUUGGGUGAAGCAGCAGUACGCCGAGGUGAAUGUCUCCACCGGCCUCACAGCGCCAUCUCUUGUCACUGACAUCCGCACUGAUAGCAUUGACCAGAAGAGCAUUUCCCUGUCCUGGCAGGAGCCGGGCUUCCCGAGCACCAAUAACACUGAGUAUGAAAUCAAGUACUAUGAAAAGGAUCAAAGGGAUCAGAGCUACUCAACCAUGAAAACUGCGGCAACUGCCGUGACCAUCCAGAACCUGAAGCCGGGCACCAUCUACGUCUUCCAGAUCCGGGUGUCCGCUGCUCAGGACUAUGGGAACUACAGCCCUAGCAUCGAGGUGGAAACCCUGGGAGAGCUGACAGUGGCUUCGAGCGAGCAGAACCCAGUCAUCGUCAUCGUCGUUGUGGCCAUCGCUGGGCUCAUCGUACUGGUUUCCAUGGUGAUCGGGGUGAUGAUCUGGAAGAGACAAUGUGGGUACAGCAAAGCCAGCCAGGACGGGGAUGAGGAGCUGUACUUCCACUUCAAGAUCCCCACGCGGAGGACAUACAUCGACCCCGACACCUGCGAGGACCCCAUGCAGGCUGUGCACCUCUUUGCCAAGGAGCUCGAUGAUGCCAGCAUCAAGAUCGAGAGGAUUAUCGGGACAGGUGAGUUUGGGGAAGUCUGCCAGGGCUGCUUGAAACUCCCCAGCAAGCGGGAGCUGCCGGUGGCCAUCCAGACCCUCCGCGCAGGCUGCUCGGACAAGCAGAAACGCGCCUUCCUGGCAGAAGCCAGCACCAUAGGCCAGUUCGACCACUUCAACAUCAUCCGCCUGGAAGGCGUCAUCACCCAAGGGAACACCAUGAUGACGGUGCUGGAGUACAUGGGGAAUGGGGUGCUGGAUUCCUUCCUGCGGAAGCACGAGGGGCAGUUCACAACCACGCAGCUGAUGGGCAUGCUGCACGGCAUCGCUGCUGGCAUGAAAUACCUGACGGAGAUGGGCUAUGUGCAUCGGAGCCUGGCCGCCCACAAGGUGCUGGUGAACAGCAACCUGGUUUGCAAAAUAUCCGGCUUCCGGCAGCCACAGGAGGAUAAGAUGGAGACCAUCUUCACCACCAUGGGAGGGAAGAGCCUCGUGCUGUGGUCGGCCCCCGAGGCCAUCCAGUACCAGCACUUCAGCUCAGCCAGCGACGUGUGGAGCUUCGGCAUCGUCAUGUGGGAAGUGAUGUCCUACGGAGAGAGGCCGUACUGGGAUAUGUCCAACCAGGAUGUGAUGAAGGCCAUCGAGGAUGGGUUCCGGCUCCCAGCGCCAAUGAACUGCCAGCCGCCCCUGCACCAGCUCAUGCUGGACUGCUGGCAGAAGGACCGCAGUCAGCGGCCCAGGUUCUCACAGGUCCACAGCAUCCUCAGCAACAUGGUGCAGAACCCAGAGCCCCCCAAGUGCAACACCUCCACCUGCACCAGGACCCACAGCACCUCCAUCCCCCUCACCGAACGCACUUUCUCAGCCUUCCCAUCUUUCAGCUCCGUGGGCGAGUGGCUGGAAGACAUAGAGAUGGGCCGCUACAAAGAUAACUUUGCUGCUGCCGGCUACUGCUACCUGGAAUCAGUGGCCAGAAUGACAGUGCAAGACGUCCUGAGCCUGGGCAUCACAGUGCUGGAGCAUCAGAAGACCCUACUGAGUGGCAUCCAGACCCUGCGCGCCCAGGUGAUCCAGAUGCACGGCCGCGGCGUGCAGGUGUGAGGCCGGCCAGAACGCAUGUGCUCUGUACACCAGCUUCAAGCUCCCUGGGGUGGAGGAUGUGACCCCCAAACCGGACCGAACCCCUGACCGGACCAAGAGCAGCCGCACCAGCAGGAUGCAGGGAGGUGCAGGGCUGCCGCUGGCUUGGUCUGUCCAGACAGGCAUGGGGCACGUAGGGCUUAGUGCUUCCGGCCCUGGGGCAGUCUUGCAUACCCACAGCAGCAGCCUCAGUGGCGGGCUUGAUCACCUCUCCCUGUCCCCACUGCACUGAGUAGAACGAGAGUUGAGCUAGUGUGAGGCUGUUCCUGGCUGUGCCAGGGUGUGAUGGUGGUUGGGCCCCAAGCACUGGGUCUGAAUAGAGGGUUGACAGUGUUUCUGUCCUGAGGUUCUGCCAAUUAUGUCCCCAGCGCAGCUCUUCUACAAACCAGCACGUUUCACUGCCCUGGGACAUGGUGGGGCUCGGCACACAUGAACAGCCUGGCAUUGGGGAGGUGAUGGGAGCUGUGCACUGUGCACAAAGGAGCCAGGAGCCCUGCUCCCCCUGCCCUGCUGCAUCCCUGCCCUCUCCAGCACCCCAGGCCCAGCCACGUCCUCGGCCAACGCGUGGAAGGAAGGGUGACUUAUGUCCCUAAGGUUCUUCUGAGCAGGCGAGUUCCAGGGAGGAGAGAAAAGCCCUGAUGGAAGUGGUCUCCCUGGGGGGCUGUCCUGGCAGGGCUCCUUUUGUGUUUACUUGGUUUGGUGGCUGCAUCUCUGCAGGGCCCUGUGGGUGCUCAGCAAAGGGGGCAGGGCA